AUGGAUUAUCUCCCUUCGGACUUGGUGCUCGAUAGCCGGAUUCAAGUUGAGUUCAGUAACGAAUUGAUAUAUCGAUUCACGACCCAGUCCAAGGUCUCUUCUAUCCGGCAUGUCCGGCGCAGGCCUCGAAAGGACAGCUGGCAGGCGGUCAAGAGACUUGGAAGUGGGUCAUUUGGCACUGUUACUCUGCAUAAAUGCUUGACAAGCGAUGGUCAAGCAGAAUUACAGGCCGUGAAAAUGAUCGACAAGGUGGCCGUCUCCGCGGGCGUUGACUAUUACAAAGAACUAGAAGCUAUCGCGAAGUUUUCACAGAGAAAGAUAGCGGAAGGCCUGAAACUCCUCCACGAGAAUGGAUUCGCUCACCGAGACCUCAAGCCUACGAAUAUCUUUGUGUUUCGCCCAAGCCCCAAUUGGUGGGUCAAAGUCGGCGAUUUUGGAUUCAGCAAACGCAUCAACGAGAACGGCGGCCUUCAGACAUGGGUUGGAACACCAGUUUUCCUUGCUCCCGAGUUACAGAUGCUCUACUCGCCAGGGAAAAGUGACGGUGACGCCGUAUUUCAAUACACAGAGCAAGUUGAUAUGUGGGCACUGGGUGUGAUCGCGUUUUAUAUGGUUUUCCACAGUUAUCCAUUCCCCCCAAACAAACCUACCAGCCUGCUACGGUAUAUACAGGGCGCAGAUCUUCCCUUCCCAAAAUCUCCACUGUCAGAGAGAUUGCAAAAUCUUCUUGAAGGCCGCAUUGUCCCCGGACGCAUCGAAGAGAUUAUCUGCAGGGCAAGCCACAGAAAGCGGGUGGCUGGUGUGGGCUGA